UCAAAAAUUACAAAAAAAAAAUUACAAAAUCAAUUGGCAGUUUUGGCGCCAUUUAUCAGAAGUUGAAGCUGAAUAUCUGAAACAUCAGUUUCAGAAUUUGGCAGAAAAACAAUAAUCUUUUAUGGAUCAGAGCUUUAAAUUUCUUGCACAUGAGUCAUAAUAUAGCAAAGUUAGUUACAAAUGGUUAUUUCAAAGAAGCUUUGCAUUUGUAUUCUCAACUUCGUUCUUCGUCUUUACCAAUCAACCAUUUGUCCUACCCAUGUCUUCUCAAAUCUUGCGCAAAGCUAAAUUACCCUCUUCAAGGACAAAUCAUUCAUACCCAUCUCAUCAAAUAUGGGUAUUACUGCGAUACUUACGCUGCAACGGGACUUACUCAUAUGUACAUGAAGUUUCAACUAGUGAAGUAUGCAGUCAAGGUGUUUGAUGAAAUGCCACAACGAAAUGAGGCCUCUGUUAAUGCGAUGAUUUCUGGGUUUUCUCAGAAUGGGUGCGUUGGAGAAGCUCUUCUUGUUUUUAGAGAGGUUGGGUUGAAGAGGUUUAGGCCGAAUUCGGUGAUGAUUGCUAGUGUGUUGUCGGCGUGUGAUGUUGUUGGAAAUGGUAGUCAGGUUCAUUGUUGGGCGGUAAAGAUUGGUGUUGAAAGGGAUGUUUUUGUUUCGACUGGGGUUGUGACAAUGUAUAUGAGUUGUUUAGAAGUGGUUUCUGCCACGAAGGCUUUUAGAAUGAUGAAUUACAAGAAUGUGGUUAGCUAUAAUGCGUUUAUAUCAGGGUUAGUUCGGAAUGGUGUUUAUCGCGUUGUCUUGAAGGUCUUUAAGGGCAUGUUUGAGUCUUCCAGUGAAGGGCCUAAUUCAGUCACUUUGGUUAUAGUUUUGGGUGCUUGUUCUAAUGUCAUUAACCUUCGAUUUGGAAGACAAGUUCACGGUGUUGCUAUGAAAAUUGGAUUACAGUUUGAUAUAAUGGUGGGAACUGCACUUGUAGAUAUGUAUGCUAAAUGUGGCUCACACUCUUGUUAUCUUGUAUUUAGAGAGAUGAAGGGUAACAGGAAUCUAAUUACAUGGAAUUCAAUUAUUUCUGGAAUGUUCUUGACUGGCGAUUGUGAUACUGCCCUAAAAUUGUUCUCUGAACUGGAAUCUGAAGGAUUGGUACCAGAUUCUGCAACUUGGAAUACAAUGAUCAGUGGGUUUUCAAAACAAGGACAAUAUGACAAAUCAGUGCAGUUCUUUACCGAGAUGGUAUCAAAAGGAAUUGCUCCGAGUUUGAAGUCACUUACCAGCCUUUUGGAUGCAUGUUCUACGAUCUCAUCCCUGCAGUUGGGAAAGCAGAUUCAUGCAGCGGCCAUAAGAACUGAAAUCAGUAACGAUGAGUUCUUCACUACUGCCCUCAUCGACAUGUACAUGAAGUGUGGGCAAUCAUCUUGGGCACGCAGAAUAUUUGACCUGUACAAAAUCAAACCUCGCGACCCAACAUUCUGGAAUGCGAUGAUUUCAGGAUAUGGAAGAAAUGGCGAGGAAGAUUCUGCAUUUGAAGUUUUCUAUCUAAUGCAGAAAGAUAAUGUUGUGCCUAAUAGCAGCACAUUUGCUAACCUACUGACUGUGUGUAGUCAUGCAGGUCAGCUUGACAAAGGAUUACGAGUAUUUGAGAUGAUGACCGUAAAAUAUGGCCUGAUGCCAACUUCACAGCAUUUUGCUUGCAUGGUUGACCUAUUGGGUCGAUCUGGUCACCUUCAGAAAGCUCAAGAAUUGUUGCGUGAAAUCCCUGAGAUUUCUAGUUCUGUGUUUUCUUCAUUGCUUGGUGCUGCUGGGCACCAUUUGGAUCCCAAGCUUGGUGAAGAUAUGGCGAAGGAACUUUCUGAGUUGGAACCUGGAAAUCGAGCUACAUUCGUGGUUUUAUCUAAUAUAUAUGCAGCAACGGGAAGGUGGGAGGAUGUUGAGAGAAUCAGGAAUAUGAUUGGUGUGAAGGGACUGGAGAAAUUUCCGGGCUAUAGUGUACAAGUGACUUGAAAAGAUCCACAUAUUAUCUGACCAGAAGUCAGAAUGCCACACAAUUACCGGCAUCAUGCAGGUAACGGCAGAAAAACGGCUAUUAUCGGCACAAGUUUUUGAAAGACUGAAGGGAGUUUCUCUGCUGGAAAACAG